UUUGUUGUGUUUAUUUCCAGUCGGGGCAUGGAAGGAAAAAUGUGCUCUCCAGUUCUUCAUUAUUAAUUUUUUUUUCUUCUCUCAGACCGUGGUGGGGUUUUAUUUUAUUAUUUAUCUUGUAUCUGGAGGGGAGGAGGAGGUGGGGAAGGGGAGAGGGAGAGAAGGGGUGGUUGCUGGUAUCUUUAGUGCUGCUGCUUGCCUGUGCUGCUGCUGCUGGUGUGGGUGCAAUGGAUGGCCCAAGGUGCAAUGGGUUUCGCAAGAAGAGGAGAUCCAAAUCCCAAAGGGAUAGGGAGAUGAAAUCCAAAGGAGGAUUAGGGGUUUCCAGGACCGGUUCUUUGCUUUCCUCUUCUGGAUCUGAGAAAGAAGACAAUGGGAACCCGACCGCCUCCUUGUCCAGACCAAAGCCCCCCAGGAGAAAGAGGAAAGAGUCCUCUUCGGCUGAAGAAGACAUCAUAGAUGGAUUUGCAAUGACCAGCUUUGUGACUUUUGAGGCAUUGGAGAAGGAUGGGGCCUUGAUAUCAGAUGACCACCCAGUGAACCACCAGUCGCCACUGCGCAAAAAGAAACAGCAUGUUCUCACUAAUGGACUUUCUUACAAGCCCCGGAAGAACAAGUUCAACCAUGACUAUGACUCCGACAGAGAAAAUGAUCGUAACCUUUGCCAGCAGUUUGGAAAAAAGAGGUUUCAGAAGAGACAUAAACAGCUCAAACCAGGACAGAACAACUGCAGAAACAGUGAGAGUGAAACCCGCACUGGAGAAUCCAAACCUUCCCAGCGAGGUACUUCUCAUGAGAGACUAAGUGAUAGUUCAGCUCCUUCCAGCUUGGGAACAGGCUACUUCUGUGACAGCGACAGUGAUCAGGAGGAAAAGGUUUCGGAUGCCAGUUCAGAGAAAUUAUUUAGCACCCUCCCAAAUAAUGAUACAAUAUUGGGAGUCAGUUUGCUGACUGCAAACGACAACAAAGAUGCUACAGGUCCAGUUGCCCCGAAAGUUUCAGGACUAGAAAGAAGUCAAGAGAAGAGCCAAGACAGUACCAACGAGUUGCAGUUUGAACCGUUGCUGUCUAAGGAAGUUUGCCCACCCUCUUUGCCUACAAUUCAACCAGAAUUGGAGCCACAGACUCUACACUCUCCUCCAGAACCGUUGGCUUCUCGAUCAACGAGCCCUAUACAGACACAACCUGAGCUUCCUCAACUUCCUGGAACCCCUCUAGAACAAGAAGAGCCACUGCCUUCGCAACCGCAAGUACAGCUGCCACCAAAGGCUCAGUCCCUGUCCCAGACACCAGUUCUCCACAGUCCUCCAGCAGUGCAAACACAAGCUUCUUCCCAAUCAUUACCCCAGUCUUUGUGCAGCUACAACAGCAGCAGUUUAAGUGUGAACAGCUUAAGCAGCAGCAGAAGCAGCACUCCUGCCAAAAGUCAGGUGGCGCCAUCACAUUUGGCUCGUCAUUCAUCAGCUUCUCCGUACCCUCUGUCUUUACCAAGUCACAGUCCCUUGCAUAGCUUUACACCCACCCUCCAACCACCUGCUCACCAGCACCACCCCAAUAUGUUUGCCCCACCUGCUGCUCUACCUCCUCCACCUCCACUGACAUCAGGGACACUGCAAGUUCCAGGACAUCCAGCAAGCAGUUCAUACUCAGAGCAAGACCUUCUCAGACAGGAACUGAACACACGCUUUUUGGCUUCUCAGAGUGCAGAUCGCGGGGCAUCAUUGGGCCCACCUCCUUACCUAAGGACAGAGUUCCACCAGCACCAGCAUCAGCACCAGCAUACACAUCAACACACCCACCAGCACACCUUUACGCCUUUCCCACACGCCAUCCCGCCUACCGCCAUUAUGCCGACUCCAGCACCGCCCAUGGUGCGUACCCCAGCCAGAAAUUUUGACAAAUACCCUACAAAGGUUGACCCCUUCUACCGCCACAGUUUGUUCCACUCCUAUCCGCCUGCUGUGUCUGGCAUUCCGCCAAUGAUUCCACCUACGGGACCCUUUGGCUCACUUCAAGGGGCAUUUCAACCCAAGACUUCCAAUCCUAUUGAUGUUGCAGCUAGACCUGGAACAGUACCACAUACUCUUCUGCAGAAGGACCCCAGGUUGACAGAUCCUUUCAGGCCCUUGCUGAGGAAACCUGGAAAGUGGUGCGCCAUGCAUGUCCAUAUCGCCUGGCAAAUCUACCAUCACCAGCAGAAAGUCAAGAAACAGAUGCAGACGGAUCCACACAAGCUGGAUUUUGGCCUAAAGCCCGAGUUUCUGAGCAGACCACCAGGUCCCAGCCUCUUUGGAGCUAUCCAUCAUCACCCACAUCCUCAUGACUUGGCACGUCCUUCAACACUUUUCUCUGCAGCUGGUGGCACACAUCCUGCUGGGGCACCUUUUGGCCCUCCGCCUCACCACAGCAGUUUCCUUAAUCCUUCUGCUCACCUAGAGCCUUUUAACCGACCAUCAACAUUUAGCGGUCUCGCUUCAGUGAGUGGAAAUGCUUUUGGGGGACUGGGAAACCCUUCAGUCAAACCAACCAGAUCCUUCAACCUUCCCCUCAAUAUGGCAUCCAAUUCAAUGUUUAGCCACAAGGACGGGUCAAAUAUGCAGAACUUCAACAAUCCCCAUGAGCCAUGGAAUCGACUGCAUCGAACGCCUCCCUCAUUUCCCACACCACCUCCUUGGCUUAAACCCGGAGAGCCUGAACGCAGUUCCUCUGUCACAGCUCAUGAAAGAGAAGUUGACAAAAGAGAGUCAUCUGUCAAGGACGAUAAGGAAAGAGAAACUAUGGAAAAGCGACACUCUAGUCAUCCCUCACCAGCACCUGUAAACCAAGCAAAUUCUUUGGGACACAACCGGAGUUUACCUGAACAAAACAGGAGUCAUUUAAAUAAUGAAGUACGAGAUAAGGAAAAGCCAAAAGAACGUGAAAGGGAGCACCCUGAUUCCUGGAAAGAAGCUAAUACAGAAGAGCAUAAAACAAAAGACAAUCAUAUUUCUGAGAAAGAAAUUGUCCAUGAAAGCCGAGCUUUAGAAGAAGCUAAACAGUUAUCUAGGGUACCCUCACCUUAUGUUAGACCUCCGGGAAUGGAAAGCACUAGACCCAACAGUACAUCAAACAGAGACAUUGAAAGAAAGAGUGAAACAUUUGAUAAUCUAAAGAAAAACAAUGACGUGAAGGUAAAAGAGGAACGAAAAGAGGACCAUGAUGCGCCUGUACCAGAAGGCCCUCAGAUCCACAGGUCGUCUGAACAACAUCCACCAAUAUCAACUGCAAAUGUCCAUCCAACUCAUUUAGCAGCAAUGCCCAUGGCUGUGGGUGUAACCGGAAUGCAUCACAUGAACAGUAUAGGUGGACUAGACAGGACUCGCAUGAUGACACCUUUUAUGGGAAUAAGCCCCAUUCCAGGAAGUGAUCGUUUCCCUUAUCCAUCCUUUCACUGGGAUCCUAUGCGGGAUCCACUAAGAGAUCCCUACAGGGGACUAGACAUUCAUAGGAGGGAUCCCCUUGCAAGAGACUUUUUGUUGCGUAAUGAUCCACUUCACCGUCUUUCCGCACCAAGGUUAUAUGAACCUGACAGGUCAUUCAGGGACAGAGAGCCUCAUGACUACAACCAUCACCACCACCAUCAUCUUUCAGUUGACCCACGAAGGGAACAUGAGCGUGCCAGUCAGUUGGAAGAGAGAGAGAGGCUACACAUGCUCCGUGAGGACUAUGAGCAUGCUCGCCUGCAUGCAGUUCAUCCAGGUGCCUUGGAUGGUCAUUUGCCCCAUCCAAGUUUAAUCACCCCUGGACUUCCUAGCAUGCACUAUCCAAGGGUCAGCCCGACAGCAGGACAUCAAAAUGGAAUUCUUAAUAAAACUCCUCCAACAGCUGCAUUAAGUGCCCCACCUCCACUUAUUUCUACUCUGGGGGGACGAUCAGGUUCUCCCAGAAGGACUACCCCACUGUCUUCAGAGAUUAGAGACAGACCACCUUCCCAUACGCUCAAAGAUAUUGAAGCACGAUAAAAGAGGGGUCAACUUGGGACGUAACAGGACUAGCAGCCUGAUUUCAAAGCAAAUCAGGACAAGACUUAACAUAUAAUCUUUGUACAAAUGUAAAGUCUCCUGAGAACAAUGAUUUUCACUUUUUUGUAUGUUAUAUGUUGCAGAUUUCCAGAUCUUUUAGCCAAUUCAAAUGUCUGUGUCUUCAAUUGUUAUAUUUUACCAGUGUAAAGCAUUUGGUUGAAACAGACGGGAAUACUUCAUUACAUCUCUUUGGACUGUAUCAGACUUAUGAUAUUCAAAGGCAUUGUAAAUAUGUGGUUGUAGAAAAAAAAAGUAUUGAUUCAUUGAGUGACGGUUCAUAUAUGCAAAAGGGCAGGAUCAAAGCUUUACUGUGUACAAAUGUAAAUAGAUACAAUGGAAAUUGCAUAAUACAAUGAUUCUUCUUAAACUGCGCAGUUUGCAAACUUACUAUUUAAGGACACAGCCUGUUUAUGCUGUGUUGCAUAUAUUGUUAGAGACAACUUAGCCCCCUCAACUAUGCAAUUACAGUGGAGGCUUUCCACAGAAACCUUUAUAACAUAAAAAAGGAACGUUUUUCAAACACUUAACACAACGACUAAAGUCAUAUGUUCCCUAAAAGAAUGAUGAGUCUUUUUACUUUUUCUUUUGAUCUUAUUUAUUUAGUUUCCCAUCAGCAAUUGAAACCUUGCAUGCAAUAGAGUCUUGUGCAAAUGCAGCACUCAAACUGUGGGUAACUCCUGGAAUGUUAUGUACUGUAAGACUUAAGUUAUUCAGCAUGGAUGACAAGGUACAUAAGCAAAGUGACAUGAAGUUCUCUUCCAUUGGUAAAAGAGGGACUUGGUAUAUUAGACUGUCCUACCUUGCCAAGUCAAAAAUAAUGUUAAGAGAAUGAUUAACCAUCCAGGAUGCUUACAUAAUAUAUCAAGGUAUUUUACUCCUUGGCCAUUCACCUCUGAAACUCUGUCCAGCACGACCAUUUGCAGAUUUAUUAUUUUUUACUAGGUAAGUGUUUUUUUUUUAUUUAUCUGAUUGGAGAGGAUAUGACUUUAUCUGAAGAAAAUGUUUAACAAACAUCAUACACAUUUGGUUUCCUGAGCUGUAAAAUAUUAUGUAUUAAAUAAACCUAGUUCAUUGGUGUGUAUUAAAGUGAUAUCUUAAAUUGUUAAUCUUGUUUUGGCAAGAAAAAAAGAGAGGCAUAAACAGAAAACUCCCCGACAGUUGUUUCUAAUAAGAAGAGAUCUAUUUUAGUAGUCAACUGAAGGUUUAGUUGUGAGUUUCAGAUUUUGUGAACUCCAGAUGUUGUGCAGUGUUUUUUUCUUUAAGGAACAAACCCUCCCAACAAAUUAUGUACACUGGAACAGUAGUGGUAGCUUUCAGUAUUGUAAAGAAAUUGUUAUAUACAAACUCUUUUUUUGCUGUUUAUCAUGUAUGUAAGAAAUUCCUUUCUAGAUCAUAUGUAAAGAGGUAAAAAGGAAUUGAAAAGGAAAAUAAUCCUUUAAAAAUGAACCGACUCGAUCUUCAGCAUGUUCCUCAUCAGCGAAGACUUGUGUUAUGUAAAUUGUGCCAUGUUAUUAAAAAAUGUGAACUAAA